UAGUCGUUAUUUAGUGACGAUGAAGCACGCACUUUUGUUGUUCUUGUUGGUACCGCUAACCUCAUCAUACCGAAAGUACUACUACUCUCACGAAUUUUUUCAAAGUGUGUUAAAAAAUGUGUCAACUGAAAUUACGUCGUCGUGUCGGGAACAAUUCCAACGUUUCGUUGAUAACUUGAACACGAACGGAACUCCAUGGUCGCAACAAAUGGUAGAUGCCACGUCCAGAGUACCACUGGGUUCAGUUACUUUGAAGUUCGACGACUUGGGUGAUUUCGAAAAGUGCCUACGUGUUAAAACGGGUGACGAAGUUCAUGGAAAGUACUGCCUUGGUCAAGUUUCACUCAGUACCAAAUCGGCGUUACGUGUACGAGACACCAUUUCUUUUGUGGCGCCCGUUUGGGCGAUGUGUGUACCAGAUGGGUGUAGUACCACCGACACUAACACUCUUGCCAAUGUAGUACUACCCAAUUUAGUAGAAGAUGACGGAGUUCGAGUUAGCUUCUUAGAUGUACACUGUCAGACUAUAAAGGACGCCGAACCAGAACUGACGGUUGCAGCUAUAGCGACCAUUAUUAUUUUAGGUUUGCUUGUCACAACUGUACUUUUGUGCACUUUGUACGAAAUUUUCUGGCCCUUUCGUGAAUCGAGGUGGUACUCUCAAUUUAUCAAGGCCUUUUCUGCCUACACCAACAGCAAAUUUAUUUUUAAAUUAAACCCAAGCAACCGGAACGACUUACCGUGUUUAGAUGGACUUAGAUGUGUUAGUAUGAUGUGGAUCGUCAUGUUCCAUCAGUACCGAAUACCGAUGUUUAGCGCAGUGACCAACACACAGUCUCUAGUACGAUGGCCGGAUAAACUAUACAGUGUUUUUGUGAUUAGUGGGGGAAUAUCAGUGGACACGUUUCUGACGAUAGGGGGUACUUUAAUGUCGUACCAUUUUAUGAAAGCGAGAGAGAACAAAGUACCUUUCAAUUUACUCCAGUACUAUUUACACAGAUACUUGAGACUAACAGCGUCUCUAGGCGUGGUAGUACUAGUGAGUGCCACAUUGUUAGAAUACAUGGGUUCGGGACCCCGAUGGCCUUUCCUGACGCUAUAUUUUCAAAAAAACUGCCAAGAAAACUGGUGGUCGACUCUCCUAUACGUACAAAAUUACGUCAAUCCACAAAAAAUGUGUGUGGGGCAAUCAUGGUACACGAGUGUAGACAUGCAGCUGUGUCUAAUUUCACCUUUGUUAUUUUAUAUUUUGUGGAAGUACCCGAAAGUCGGCUUAACUCUUCUAUUUCUGGGUGCUUUAGCAUCGACCAGUACUUCGUUCUACGAAAUAUGGAACAACCACUUGCCGGGGUUUACGUUUGGUAUGUAUGGAAACAGAAGCAAAUCGUAUGAGUACUACCUAUUGACGCACACGAGGGCUGCUCCCUGGAUUAUUGGAGCUGUUCUAGGUUACGUUAUUUUUAAAAAACGAGAGACACAAAGCGGGUUGAACAUGAAUAAGUAUGUUUUGUUUCUUGGGUGGUUUGUAAGUCUUGGUACUAUGUUGAGUUGUACUAUGGGAGUGAGUACCAUUUUUCGUACUCUUGAGUAUAACGUUUGGCGAAAUGCGUCGUACGCAGCGUUUGCACGUCCAGCGUGGUCUCUUGCGAUAGCGUGGGUGAUUUUGGCUUGUAGUACCAACAAUGGAGGUGUGCUUAACUGGUUUCUUUCGCUACCGGUUUUUCAAGUGUGUAACAAGUUUACUUAUAGUAUAUAUCUGACUCACGUGACUGUCUUGUAUGCGUCUGCGUUUAGUAGAAAAUGGCCGAUAUAUUUUAGCGGAUUUGACACAGCAGUUGACUUUUGGGCCACGCUAUGUCUCAAUGGAGGACUUGCAGUUUUGUUGGUACUACUAGCCGAGUGUCCAACUUUUGCAAUUGAAAAAAUUCUAACAGGGAAAAUUUGUCGCAACCAGAAAAUGAGUGUUAUUUACACUACACCUGAACAGGUUUUUUCAAAGUACGCAAGUAAUAGAGAUAAGUCGAAAGCGAGUCCGAUAAACAGUCACCCACUUGCCGUUGUCGAAAUGAGACACGCUUUCCUCAUCCUCCUGUGGGUACCACUCAGUACCGCACAAAUCCCAUACACCAAAGAAUUUUUCGCCAACAUUCUAACCAACUUGACUCGACCGAUAACCCCAAAAUGUCGCCACCAAUUCGGCGAAUUUAUCGCAAAUUUAAACAUUUCGUGGGCUCGUCAAAUGGUAGAUGCCUAUUCGAGCGUACCCAGGGGUCUGGUGACUUUGAAAUUCGAAGAUAUGGGCGAUUUUUCAAAAUGUGUGGACGUGGGUGGAAAGUACUGCCUUGGAUAUGUUUCUUUUAGCAACGAAACAACCUUGUUGAUAACAGAGACUGUUUCGUUUGUAGCGCCGGUUUGGGCGAUGUGUUUGCCGGAUGGGUGUAGUACCGACGAUGGUAACGUUGUAGGGAACGCGGUACUCACCCAGGUGGUACAAGACGAAGGAAUAAGAGUCGGGUUUUCGGAUACGUUGUGCCAAAGUGGCAAAGACGUAGACCCGGAACUUACGAUUCAAGCAAUAGUAGUACUUGUUGUUUUAGCGGUGUUAGUCGUGGUUGUUGUUUUGGCGACGCUUUUCGACAUUUAUUGCAACUUUUAUCAGUCGAACUCUUGCGUCGCGAUUAUUAAAGCAUUUUCUGCGUACACUAACGCGAAAAGUGUUUUUAAAAUGUCUGCAAGUAAAUCUAGCCACCUGCCGUGUUUAGAUGGUCUUAAAUUCAUCAGCAUGAUGUGGGUGAUUAUGGUCCACCAGUACUCGGUACCACUCUCCAGUUCAAUAACAAACACGAACCAGUUGAUGCACUGGCCGGAAAAACUACACAGUAUGUUUAUACUGAGUGGCGACAUUUCAGUCGACACGUUUUUCACAAUCGGUGGUACUUUAGUGUCGUACGGGUUUAUGAGCGCCAGACACAACAACCUACGUUUUAAUCUCCUUCAAUAUUAUCUCCACAGAUACCUCAGAUUAACUUCGUCGCUGUUUAUAGUGGUACUUGUGAGUGCCACCCUUCUCACGUACACAGGUUCGGGGCCAAAGUGGCCCCUUUUUACGCUCUAUUUUCAAAAAAAUUGCGAAACAAGCUGGUGGGCGACUCUUCUUUACGUGCAGAAUUACGCAAGAUCGCAGAAAAUGUGUGUUGGACAGACGUGGUACCUGAAUGUCGACAUGCAGCUGUAUUUGGUUUCACCACUUGUACUUUUUUUGUUGUGGAAGUACCGGAUUUGGGGUUUGUUGGUUCUGGGUGUGGGGGCUUUGGCAUCCAUGGGUUGCGCUUUCUAUGAAGUGUGGGAGCACAGUUUACCCGGAAUUGCGUUCGGGUCGUACAGUCAGCGUGGCGGAGACUAUCAAAAGUACUACUAUUUCUUGACGCACACGAGAGCGACUACUUGGAUAGUUGGAGUUAUUUUGGGUUAUUUAAUCCACAGGAUACAACACGGACUGGCGUUUAGAGUACCUAAGUGGUUUGUUGUUUGUGGGUGGGGUACUUGCUUCGGGGUACUACUCGCGUGUGUACUAGGAGGUCACAACAUUUUUCUCAACCAAGGAAACGAUGUAGUUGCUAAUGCGUUCUACGCAACUUUGGUACGACCUGCGUGGUCUCUAGCGAUAGGGUGGAUAGUUUUGGCUUGUAGUAACAAUUACGGAGGUCCCAUCAACUGGGUUUUGUCUCUCCCUAUAUACCAAGUGUUAAACAAAUUUACUUAUAGUGUGUACUUAACACACGUGACUUUGUUAUAUGGGAUUGCUUUCAGUACCAAGUGGCCUGAGUACUUCACCGAGUUCGACAGGGCUUACCAAUUCUGGGGGACGCUUUGGUUCAGCGUCGGUCUAGCGGUACUACUGGUAUUUAUAGCCGAAGCUCCGGUAGUCGGACUCGAGAAACUACUCCUAGGUACCACCAAAAAUCCGAAACAAGUACCCCGGGACUGUGAAAAAGGUACCGACAACCCUGGUUUCGAAAAGUGAAUUUAUUUAAGUAUCAAAAUGUUUAUAAAAUUUUAUAAUAAAGUAAAGAAAAAUUAAUAUAAAAUUAGAUAGAACUUGGCUCUUC